AUGAGCAGUUGGCAGCAGGCUGUUGCCCUGGACUUGGCCAAAGGAAAGAAGAAGCCAAAGGACAGCUUAGUGGUCCUGAAUGGCAAUCAGCAGAAGAACUUGCGGACUGGCAGGGACGAGUGUGAUAUGGCAGAGUGGAUCUGUGAUCACUGCGACACUGCAAUGCCUGGCUUUUACCAACGCUGCAGCAAAUGCGAGAUUUUGCGUCCUGAGCAGCGAGCCACCCGCCAAGAGCUUCGGGCCAAGGAGGGUGAAAUUGGAAAAGGCGGUGGAUGGAAGGAGCGGAAUGAGAAGGAGGACAAGCGGGAAUGGAACAGUGAGAGUGAGGAGUACGACGAUUUCGGAAGAAAAAAGAAACGCCGAGUGGCGCAGCCUGUGGCGUCCGAGCUCAAAGACCGGCAACAAGCUGCUCUUCAACGUCUACAUCAACGCAAGCGCUGA